CCCGGCCCGGCCCCACCUGCAUGUUGUCCUCGAAGCCGCCCCAUUCGGCGGCGGGGGCACCGCUCCUGCCACCGCCCGCCGCCCCCGGCGCGGCCAUGAUGCCCGUCCCGGCCCCGCCGCGCUGGCCCGGAUGGGCGGGAGCCGGAUGUGACGGCGGCCGUGGAGCCGCGGGCAGGGCCGGGAGCGCCGCCCAUCGCCCUCAUGGCGGCCCGGCGGGCCACGGACGAGAUGCGGGACCGCGUGGUGCUGGGCGAGUUCGGUGUCCGCAACGUCCACACCACCGACUUCCCCGGCAACUAUCCCGGCUACGAUGACGCCUGGGACCAGCGGCGCUUCGAGGAGGCGUUCCGCGUGGACGUGAUCCGUGAGGAAGAGGACACCCUGGAGUUCGACAUGGUGGGCAUCGACGCCGCCAUCGCCAACGCCUUCCGCCGCAUCCUGCUCGCCGAGGUGCCAACGAUGGCUGUAGAGAAGGUCUUUGUGUACAACAACACAUCCAUUGUGCAGGAUGAAAUUCUGGCUCAUCGGUUGGGCCUCAUCCCUAUCCGAGCUGACCCCCGGCUCUUUGAGUACAGAAACCAAGGAGAUCAGGAAGGCACUGAAAUUGAUACUCUGCAGUUUCAGCUGAAAAUCAAAUGCAAACGAAACCCUCAGGCUGCCAAGGAAUCAUCUGAUCCCGAUGAACUCUAUUUCAAUCAUAAAGUGUACAGUAAACACAUGACAUGGGUGCCCUUGGGGAAUCAGACAGACCUUUUUCCAGAUGCUGACUUCCGACCUGUUCACGAUGACAUCCUCAUUGCACUGUUGCGACCCGGACAGGAAAUAGAUGUGCUUAUGCACUGUGUCAAGGGAAUAGGUAAGGAUCAUGCCAAGUUUUCUCCUGUGGCCACAGCCAGCUAUCGACUGCUUCCUGACAUUACUCUCCUGCAGCCUAUUGAGGAUGAGGCAGCUGAGACAUUGCAGAAGUGCUUUUCCCCUGGGGUCAUUGAGAUCCAGAAUAUCAAUGGAAAAAAGGUGGCAAGAGUAGCCAAUGCACGUCUGGACACAUUCAGCAGAGAAGUUUUCCGACACGAGGGUCUGAAAAACCUCGUGCGCCUGGCAAGAGUACGGAACCAUUACAUCUUUUCUGUGGAGUCGACGGGUAUCUUGCCUCCAGAUGUGCUGGUGAGUGAAGCCAUCAAGAUCCUGAUGGGAAAGUGUCAGCGUUUCCUCAAUGAGCUGGACUCUGUGUCUAUGGAGUGACCAGGCUGUAGCUGGGAAAGCAGAAACCUGAAUUGCUGUUCUGGGCUUCCUGCACUUGCCUCUAGGGGAAUUCCUCUUCCAUAGGCAGGAGGCUUGUUAGGAGCUUGCCAGGAGUCCAAGGACUAUCUCCGGAUUUUUCUAUUGGUAAUGAAACGCAGUGAGACGAUGCACUGAAAUAAAGGUUCAUUUUUUUAAAA